UGAUUUUCCUUGAAUUCGUUCUUUUGUUGGUAACUUUGAAAUUUGAGGGAAAAAAGGUUGAAAACGUUGCCUUUGAUAUAACUUUUUCAUUUACGCAUUUCGUCAAACACUUGGCAUGCCUGUUUCGAAUUGUGGGAUUUACCGCUUUUAUUCGGAAAAUAUAGAUAUCUCCAAUGAAGAGAGCAAGAGGCGGCUUUGUAACAGACUGAUAUACGGGAGCAAAGAAAGAGGAUUUCUGGAAUUUGAUUUGGUUUUGGGAAAAUGGGUGGAGGAGAACAUUCAUUCUAUGGAUGAGAAUGGAAUCAAAGCUCUCUCCUAUGUCCUCGACCUGAAAAACCCAGAUCUCUGGAAGUGGCUAGCUAAUGGUCAAGAGCAACCUCCUGAGGCAGUCAAAACGAAUCCUGUUUUUACGGCAGUGUGCGGCAAAGUUAUGAACAACCUUAAUGCCCAUGCUUCUCCUGAAACACGCGCAAAACCUGGACAGCCAUGGGUGAGAGGGUGGGACAACAUUAAGAGAGGUCGGGACAACCCUAUAACUGGAAACCAGUAAUGCUAUCAUCAUCCCUCUUGCCUGGAUUUAUUACUAGUGUGCUUGUAAAAAUGAGCCAGAGAUGAUUGUUAUAGGUGGUGCAAAUCACGGACCGGCGGAUUAGGGGCCCAAUGUGUGUGCUCACGACCUGCGGAGACGAAUGUCAGACCAGAAAGCCCACUCUGUGCGGGACUUAUUUUGCAAUAUUCUUUUUACUUUUUCUAACUUAAAAUUUGGAACGGCUACAUUAGGCUGCAUUAGUGCAUGAUUAACGCUGCAUUAGUGCAGGGUGCAAAAACUGCAGCAUUAACCAGCAUUAUUACUUGGUUUAAUCUUGAGUUUAUGAACAUUUAACCUUUGAAUCUGGACAUACUUUGGAGUAGGUGCAUCUGGAAUUUUCAGAUGUUGUAACCUCUGAAUUGAAUCACCAUUAAGCCGUGCAUAAAUUGGCUUUAUUCACCAUUAUUCCAGCUUUGUAAUAUCCCCAGUAGCAGUCUAUAUAAGGGGUAUCUCCAGCCAUUUGAAAACACCAACACAUAACGGACGUCUAAUGUAAUCUCAAGCACUCGCCGGAGGGGACGAAUCUAUUUUAAAGAAAGCGUAAUUCACAUGU